UUUGUUCUAGCUCUCAGCACAUUGGGAAGAACUUGCUUUGAAUGAAGCGCGGUUCUUGCCAAGCUUUCAGCUUUUAAACUGUCAUGGUGAGCUUUUUUUUAACUUGUUACCCAGAAAAUGCUCACAGCUUUUAGUUCUCUAUUCAAGGAUCUUCUGUUUACAUUACUGUACUGAAGUUGAAAAGCCUUAGCAUAGCUGCAGAGUUUGUUGGCAUACUGAACAUUUAAAGAAAGAAUGACCUCCAUGCCCACAAACCUUACUUCUGGAGAAGUCAUUGGAAUUUUCGCUCCUCUGGGGGAAGGGGUGUUAUGGCCGAACAGCACUCAGAGAAAUGUGAGUUCCCCUGUGUCUCACAAGUUUGUGCAGCCUCCUUGGCGUAUCGCCCUGUGGUCUCUGGCUUAUGGAUCCAUGGUAGCCGUGGCUGUGUUCGGAAACAUCAUUGUCAUUUGGAUCAUCCUGGCCCACAAAAGAAUGAGAACAGUGACCAACUACUUCCUGGUGAACUUGGCUUUCUCAGAUGCCUCCAUGGCAGCUUUUAACACACUGGUGAAUUUCAUUUAUGCCCUGCACAAUGAGUGGUACUUUGGAGAGGCGUACUGCAGAUUUCACAACUUCUUCCCUAUCACCUCCAUAUUUGCUAGUAUUUACUCCAUGUCUGCGAUAGCUGUGGAUAGAUACAUGGCUAUCAUUGAUCCUUUGAAGCCAAGGCUUUCUGCUACUUCAACAAAAGUUGUCAUCGGAAGCAUUUGGAUAUUUGCCAUUUUGCUUGCCUUUCCUCAGUGCCUCUAUUCUAAAAUCCGAGUGACUCGAACCAGGACUCUAUGUAUGCUGGUUUGGCCGGGAAAAGAUGAAAGACUUACAUAUCAGUUUAUUCUGGUGUUGCUGGUCUAUGUCUUACCCUUAAUUGUGAUGGGAGUCACAUACACAAUUGUUGGAAUUACAUUGUGGGGAGGAGAGAUACCUGGAGAUACAUCUGAUAAAUAUCAUGAACAGCUCAGAGCCAAAAGAAAGGUUGUGAAAAUGAUGAUUGUAGUUGUGGUGACAUUUGCAAUAUGCUGGCUUCCUUAUCAUAUAUUUUUUCUUGCUGAUGCACUUGAUAUAAAAGUGGACAGAUGGAAAUAUAUUCAGCAGAUCUACCUGGCUAUAUUUUGGCUUGCAAUGAGUUCGACCAUGUACAAUCCCAUUAUUUACUGUUGUCUUAACAAAAGGUUUCGUGCUGGAUUCAAAAGAGCUUUCAGAUGGUGCCCCUUUAUUGAGGUAUCCAGUUAUGAUGAAUUAGAAUUAAAGUCCACAAGAUUCCAUCCAACAAGACAGAGCAGUCUGUACACUGUUUCUAGAAUUGAAUCAAGCAUGACAGUUGUGUUUGAUCCCAAUGAUGCAGAGAACAACAAGUCUUCUCACAGCCAUAAGAAAAGAGCUACUACUAGUGAGUCUACUUUCAAUGGAUGUUCUCGGAAAAACUCCAAAUCUGCCUCAGUAAAUUCGAGUUUUAUUAGCUCACCCUAUACUUCACCAGACGAUUAUUCUUAAUGGGAACAUUACAGGAACAAGACUGCGUUCAUUGUAAAAACCGUAUCAUAAAAGUUACAGUUCAUAAAAGAAAUGAGAAAACCUUAAAAACAAAAUGAAAGUUACAAUUCCAAAUGAUUACCCAUGGUGGUAAUAUAAGUGAAUCAGUAGACAUUGUGAUGUAUUUAUAGCUGUAGAAGAACAAAUGUGCCAAAAAGAAACUUCGUUCAUUAUGCAGUGGUUGUUUUAAAGGAAAGUACUUAUUUUGCUUUUUUUUUUAAUAUAAAUAAUGUAUUUUACCUAAUCUAAAUAUGACAUUCUCAUCUUCUUGUAACCUCACACAGAGAUUGAAUGUUAUGUACUGUAUUUCUAUAGGGCUAAAAGCAAGGCAAAAUAUUAUAAUUAGCAACCAUGACGUUAACAUUAUGUUUCUCUUGUGUAUUUCUUUAUUUGUAUACCUUUUUUUAACCAAGUAAGAAUAACAGCAUACUGUUAGACUACAAAUACAAUACGUAUUGGCAAUGUAUACCACUAAGACUGUAAUAUAAGGUCAUAUAUAUAUAUAUAUAUAUAUAUAUAUAUAUAUAUAUAUAUAUAUAUAUAUAUAUAUAUAUGGUUUUACAGUAAGGUUACCAGACUACAUGAUCCAUUGCUGCCUUUCUAGAUGCCUUUGUAGAAAUUUCUCAGAUUUUCAGAUCUGGUAAAUUUAUGCCAUAGGGGAAUUUAAUCAUAGAUUGUCAGAAUAUCCCCACCGGCUAUUAAAGUUGAAUUGACAGAGAUUGUAUAGGCCUGUCAAUGCUUACACAGGGUGGAUUCUGGUGCAAAAAUAUGAAACAGUGCAAAACAUUAGUACAGUACAGCAAUGUGAAUAUAUUAGAAGCAAUCCCCACAUUUCUCAUGAUCUAACAACCUUUAGGAUUUUAUUGUUAUUCAUUUGAAUAACUCAUGUUUCCAGUCCCUCCCCUAUAUAUCUGCUGUUUGAUUGACAGGGUAAGUGGGAUCCCAUCUCCAGUUGAAAUUACAAACCAGAGACAUGCAGAACAUAUUUAAUCAUUUAAAACAUUUCAAUAAAUAAAGAAACAUUCCAAACAAUUGUAUAAUACCACCAUUAUAUUAUUUAACAUUAUCGUUGGAAGUAUGCACAGAUGUAACCCUGUUGCAGAUCUACACCUUACUACAUGAUGUGUGGCUUUAUAUUCGUUUUCAACUAAACUGAAUUCCCCCUCUAAGUUCAAUAGUUAUAUGAUAACUGUUCUAGUGACUCUGCCUUAUGCUAUAAUAAACUGCUAUAAUAAAAACAAAAUGGCAAACAGGACAUUUGGUACUUUGGAGGUACCACGUGUCAGGUUAUUCCUUAUCACUAACAGAAUUAUGUUGGAGAUCUGCAUUACAUAUGCACUAUGAUGUGGAGGUGUCAUUGCUAAUUAUCUGUGGUUUGGAUAUUAGAAAGGGCAGUAGGUAAUAGGAGCAUUUUUUUUUUAUUCUGGUUACCUUUGUGGUCAACACAAAAUGCAACAAUAUUCUACUAUUCUCAGGACCUUCUGUUCUCAAUAUUCUUAGUGAUUUUAAAACAGUGAUUUAAUGGGCAAUGUUUUUUUUAUAACAUUUGUGCAGUGAGGGCCAUGCAGUUGAAUUAUAGAAUGUAAAUUUGGGGAGCCCUUACAUAAAUUAAAAGGUUACAAAUAAAAAUGAAUGUAGUUUGGAGUGCUGUUUAGUGCCUCAGUUAUUUUUUCUUUUUUCUUUCACACAGUUCUGAACUAUAAACAUAGACAUUCAUUUUUCUCCAGCAAUCACAUAUACUCAAUAAUACAGUUUACCCUCAGCAACAUCAUGCAUCAAACGCGCAUCAAAUAAAUUGUCAACCAAUCACACUGCAUCUACAAAAAUAAAUAUAAACACUGUUUACAUUGUAUUUUGCUAUUGCAUAGCAAACACUCACAUGUAUUAAGGCUGCCAUGCUGUAGGUGCAGCACACAAAAGGAUGCUAGUAUAUAGGAAUGACAAAUUGAUACAAAGGUGAUUCAAGUGUGGACAAAAUAACUUGUGGCUUUAUUCUUUACAUUGUUUAUGUGCAUGAGUCUUAUAAUGGCUUGUUUAAAAAACCUUAAAAUAUAAAUACCUAACUGGCUUGAUCUAUACAUUUGCCGAACAUAGGUGAGAAACACACAAGGCACAUACAAGGCAACAUUUUCCCAUAUUUUUGUGAAUUGGAUGCAAAUUGUGGCUACAUUGGCAUAGUAUCAAUUCUAGUUUGAAAGUGCUAAUAGCAGCAUAAAGCUCCCCAUAGAUGCGACGAUUCUUCUUGUUAAACGACCGAUUUUAGUGAAGUCCGAUCAAUCCUUCGAA